AUGGUCAAAGAAACUAUUCGCAACGAAAAGGCGGUAAACUUGCCACGAACGAAUCGAGUGCCAGAAACGAGAGGACAUGGGCUGGAAACAAAGCAGCCAGUCGAGAAGCGUCCGGCCAUGAACAACAGGAAGGGUACAGCAAGCCGUGCUGUUGAUGAAACGGUAGCAGCAGCCUUCUUCCCCUGCUUCUUCUAA